AUGGAGCCCUAUGAGACGUCGGAUGAAGAGACACAGACUUCGACGCCUAGCCAGUCAACCUGGUGGAGAAAGCAGGCGUACGAGUACUACCGUUACUGUAAAGACGACGAUGGGAUCAUUCAAAAGGUCUUUGACAAUCCCAAUCCAGAAGAAUCAACUCCGAGUAUGAGCACAGGAACACGAGGGGACGAACAAAAACACCCCCUCCAAAGGGAGCUCUUAAACACGGCUCCGCCACCUCGAGUCCUGGUUGGUGUUGUCAUCCGUAUCGCCAUAGAGACUUGGCCUGUCAAGGAUGCGGAAGCUAGAGGAGCUACACCCGUAAGCUUCAAAUCUUCUACACGUCCGCCAAAAUACUUUUUGGAAGGGGAAAAACGUACCAAUUCCUUUUCGAGCGAUGCGUUUGGGCCGACAAAGCUGGAGACCGCUCGGUUCAGGUCGCAUGAUAGCGAAGGAGAGACUGCUUGGUACUUCAGCCAGUCACCAUUUGACCUGGACGCGCCUCCUCCCGAAACACCAAACCCAAGGAUGUUAGCAACGAUCUACAUCCACAGGAACAUGAAGGACGGAGCCUAUCAGUUAUGGCUGUGGUGUGACCGGGACGGUGGAGGGCCUGCGUGGCAACCAGUAGACCUGGAGAAUGAACGAGUAGCCCAUCCCAAGAUUGCGGAGCGGGCUUUGAAGUUGACUACGUCGGGAAGGCCUAGUUGGGUGCUCACUAGUACCUUGACCACUUAUCGGUCACGAAAGCCCAGGAGGUCUAGAUCGCGUUCGGUUGCAGCAGGCUCGAUAAACAGUGGUUCCAUUAGUACAGGAAACUGA